AUGAGAACUAAAGACAGGUGAGACUGACCCCAUCGCUAUAAUUAUUCAAGACCAAGUUUGAAUGAUGUGAUCAUCAAUCUGUAUGGUCAGAAGUACUACACAGGCAAACUAGUAAGUGAGAUACGCAAACUCUUCAAAAUAAGUAAAUUGUUUCCAGCAACUCGCUAAGACGUCUACAUACUUCAAAAAUAUUGUCUGUAUUAUCGUUUUAUUGGCCGACAAAGAAAAAUUGAUGAAACUAUGUAGUGGUAAAUAGACUUUACAAAAACUGAUAUCUUUAAAGAUUUUCGAUUUUUCAGUACAUGUUUGUCAAGCAGUUAAAAAUCGCCAAAAAUAUGCAGAUGGUCCCACGUGA